UUUCUCAUCCCUCUCGUGCUGUUUUCCUUUAUACAAUGGUUAAAUAAAGAGCUUCAAAAGUCUCUCUCUCUCUCUCUCUCUCUCUCUCUAUCUCUCUCUCUCUCUCAGAGAGUGAAGAGCGCGUGCACGCUGUUGGAGUGUGAGUACCCUGGGUAAAGUUGUAGUAGAGCGGAGGAGAUGCGCGUCCACGAGCGCGCGUGCUUGUGGAGUGUGGUGCUGUGCGCGCUGAUGCUGCGGAGCUGCGCGAUUAAGCAGGCUCCUGGUCUGGAGAUUCAGAUGUCCCCUCAAAAAGUGUUCACCAUGGAUGGGAGGGAGUGCAAGUUUCCGUUCCGGCUGGGUGGGACUGUUUAUCAUCACUGCAUUUCACAGAGCUCUAGCAGAAAGUGGUGCUCUCUGACACACAACUUUGACCGGGACCAGAAGUGGGGCUACUGCAGUUCACGCCCACGCCUCUUUAACGAGGUUUUCAGCUCUCAGAGAGACCAGAGAGUGUGCCAGCCAAACCCGUGUAAGAAUGGAGGUGUGUGUAUGCCAGUACUCCGCCUGCAAACGUUUGAGUGUGUGUGUCUGGACGUCUUCACAGGGCCUGUGUGUGAGCUGAGUAAAUGCUAUGAAUCACUGCACCUGAGGUAUUAUGAUAUCGAGGAGUCGUGGGGAAGAAUCCACAAGCGAAAUGUGGAGCUGUGCAGGUGCCUAAGAGAAGGGGUGUCCUGUGAGCGUGUACGAUACAGAGUCUGCCAGAAUAAUCCCUGUCAGAAUGAUGGCACCUGCAGAGUGAUUGAAGCCACAGGAGAAGAGGUGUGCGCCUGCAGAAUGGGAUACAGUGGAGCACACUGCAGUAUCAGGCCUGAUGAAACGUGCUACAAGGACACGGGCGUUCAUUACCGUGGCACUGCUAACACCACAGUCUCCGGCGCUUUGUGUCUGCCCUGGAACUCUGACCUGCUGUAUGAUGAGCUGACCGUGAACAAUGUCCCCAACACUGCACUAGCAGGGCUGGGGGAUCACUCUUUCUGCAGGAAUCCUGAUGGUGACAAACUGCCAUGGUGCUACAUGUUGCAAAAAGGAGCAAUUUCCUGGGAAUACUGUAAUGUGACCUCUUGCCCCAGAGGACCAACGAGUCGCAGAGUAUUUGAGGCUUUAGACUUGAGUCCCUUUCCAACCUCUGCGCCGGGUCCCACGGCAGGCUGUGGGCGGAGGCAUGCGAAGCGUGUAACUCGGGGGCGGAUUAUGGGUGGGACGGCGUCGCUGCCUGGCUCUCACCCCUGGAUGGCAGCGCUGUACAUCGGUGAGGAAUUCUGCGCCGGCAGCCUGGUCUCAUCCUGCUGGGUCGUUUCCGCCGCUCACUGCUUCUUACGCAAUCCAUUGAAGUCAUCAGUGCGUGUAGUCCUCGGCCAGCAUUUCUUCAAUGAUACAGGACCCAACACUCGAGCCUUUGGCAUAGAAAAAUACAUUUUCUACCGCAACUACGUUCAGUUCAACCCAACUAUACACGACAUCGUACUGGUAAAGUUAAAGAAGGUGAAUGGACGUUGUGCUCGCAAGUCUCAGUUCAUUCGGCCCAUCUGUCUGCCAGAUAGGUUCAUGAUGUUCCCUGACUACACAUGCUGCACCAUCACAGGCUGGGGACACAUGCAAGAGAAGGCAAAUUCAUAUUCUGACCUGAGAGAAGGAAUGGUGAAGCUCAUCCCAUAUGAGAAGUGUUCGGCUCCAGAAGUGUACGGUUCAGAGGUGAGGCCAGGGAUGCUGUGCGCAGGAAGUGACACCUGUGUGGAUGCAUGCCAGGGAGACUCGGGUGGUCCGCUGGCAUGUGUGCGGGACGGUGUUAGCUUUCUGUAUGGUAUCAUCAGCUGGGGUGAUGGAUGUGGAAGAUCAGGGAAACCAGGUGUCUACACCAAAGUACCCAAAUAUGCCGGCUGGAUCAACCACAUCAUUAGACCUAAAAAAAAGACUGAAAACAAAGGACUUUUAUAGCAUAUCUAUGUGAAUUUGUAAAAAGAGCUGUGAGUAUAUGUAAAUGCUUUAUGACUAAAUAAAUUAUAUUAAUGACAUAUUCUGUGAAGUAAAUCUUCAA